AUGGAGCUUCAGACCAUGCAGGACCGUUCCGGGACCACUGACGACGGCGUGCCGGGAGGAGCGUCUUUGCCUGUGGUCGUCGGCCGCUCAGAGACUCUGUUGGGUUUGCAGUUUCAACGUCCCUCUGAUCGGAGACAAGACACCACACCAUGGUGGCGUUUGUCUGUUCAGAUACACUGGGGCUCCAUUCUGGCGGUGGUCCCGACGCUCCUCUUGGUCGUGCUUGUCAUCCAAAACAUCGUCUUCUUCCACUUGAACAGGCCUCAGGACAUCGUCAAAGUGUUGGGCGCGCUAGUGGCGACUUUGCCCAACAGCAUCCCGGACCACAACUGCACCGACUUAGCCUGCCACUGGGCGGCGCUGCAGACCGCAUUGGCACAGCUGAAGGCAGAGCUGAAGGCAGAGCUGAAGGCAGGUCAGGAGGCAGGUCAGACGGCAUUGGCAGAGCUGAAGGCAGGUCAGGAGGCAGGUCAGACGGCAUUGGCAGAGCUGAAGGCAGGUCACACCGCGAUUUCCAGCGACCUGGAGAAGAGUCAGACCGCAUUGGCAGAGCUGAAGGCAGGUCACAACGCGAGUCAGAGCCUGCUGGCCAAAGUCUGGCAGGAGAUUAGCAGCGACAAAGGGCUUCUGAGUCAGACACUGAAAGACCUGAAGACGGACUACAAGAGCAUGUCUCGGGAGCUGUCACAAGAGAACAAGGAGUUACACGACUUCAGUUUGGCUUUGUCCAGCCUGCGGCAGAAGGUGGUGGAUCAGCCCACACUUAACAGGGAACUCCAUGGUCUCAUGCCCAGAGACUGCAGUGACAUCAUGGCGGCGGGAAAGUCCCAAAGUGGAGUCUAUAUCAUCUUUAGCGGGUCCAACAGCUUCGAGGCUUACUGCAACAUGUGGCAGGGCGGGGGAGGCUGGACCGUGAUCCAGAGGAGAAGGGACGGCUCCGUCGACUUCUUUCGGGGUUGGAACGACUAUCGAAAGGGCUUUGGAGAGCUAGCCGGAGAGCACUGGCUCGGCCUGCAAAACAUCCACGCUCUGACGGCCUCGGGCGAUUACCAGUUGCGGAUCGACUUCACCAUAUUCGACGGCCGCACUUACUACGCUCUCUACAACGACUUCUCGGUGAGCCGGAACUCGCUGGACCCCGACAAGGACGGCUACCCGCUGCUGGUGAGCGGCUACUCUGGAACCGCAGGCGAUAUGCUCACCUACCAUUCUGGGAUUAAGUUCACCACCAAAGACCGCGACCAAGACAAGUGGAAUAGUGGCAAUUGCGCCAAUGAGCACAAGGGCGCUUGGUGGUACAACAACUGUCACUGGUCCACCCUGAACGGGCUGUACAAGGCAACCGGCACCUGCAACGGUCACAAUGCAAUCUGGAGUUAUUUGGGGCCAUCACGGCAUACCUGCCUGAGAUUCGUGGAGAUGAAGAUCCGGCCCAGAAAGUGAGCGGUCGGCCGGCGGAGCCUGGGAACGGCAUCCCCGUGGGAUCACAUGGGUGCUGCCCGACGUCACCCAUUUGCGCAGCGCUCGUCAAGUAAGAUGGCGGUGCGCAAAUGUGUGUUGGAUUUGGCCCGGGCAAAUCGGCUCAAGUGCAAUUCCGAAUCUCACCAGGAGCUUGACACGAGAGAGACCUGACAAACGCUUAGUUGGAAGUUAGUUCCUCAAAAUGAACUCUUAUUAAAGGGCAGUUUGGCGCUGUAGCAGU